AUGAUAGGUUUUCAGAUGCUGAACUACGCUUCUCCUUCAUGGAUUAAGCCGUGUACUUUCAUUCCUUUUCUGGUCUCACCAGAUGCAGCAUCUGUGGCUGGUAAGAACUAUAGCAUGGUAUAUGAAUUCAUCAUCGUGGGCUUCUCCAACUUCCCACAGCAUCUCCUGCCUGCCUUCUUCCUGCUGUUCCUGCUGAUGUACCUAUUCACGCUGCUGGGGAACCUGCUCAUCAUGGCCACUGUCAGGAGUCAGCGCAGACUGCACACACCCAUGUACCUCUUCCUAUGUGCUUUGUCCAUCUCUGAGAUCCUCUACACCUUGGCCAUUGCCCCGCGCCUCUUGACUGACCUGCUCUCCACCUGCCACACCAUCACCUUUAUGGCCUGUGCCAGCCAGAUGUUCUUCACAUUCGGCUUCACCCACUCCUUCCUGCUCACCGUCAUGGGCUAUGACCUUUACGUGGCCAUCUGCCACCCCCUGUGGUACAAUGUGCUCAUGAGCCCCCGCACCUGUGCCCGUCUAGUGUUCUGGUCCUGGGCUGGUGGCUCCAUCAUGGGGAUGAUGGUGGCCCUGAUAGUUUUUCACCUCACCUUCUGUGGGCCUAAUGAGAUCCACCACUUUGGCUGCCAUUCCCUUUCCCUCCUAAAGUUGGCCUGUGGGAAGGAGACAUCCUCUGUCACCUUGAGUGUGGUCCUGGUGUGUGUCACAGCUCUGAUGGGCUGUUUAUUCCUCAUCAUCCUCUCCUAUGUCUUCAUUGUGGCCACCAUACUGAGGAUCCCCUCUGCUGAGGGCAGGCACAAGACCUUCUCCACAUGUGUGUCCCACCUCACUGUGGUCAUUGUGCACUACAGUUUUGCCUCCGUUAUCUACCUCAAGUCCAAGGGUCCCCAUUCUAUGGACAAUAACACUCUGAUGGCCACCACCUAUACAGCCUUCACGCCCUUUCUCAGCCUGAUCAUUUUCAGCCUCAGGAAUAAGGAGCUCAAGAAUGCCAUAAAGAAAAGCUUCCAGAGAAAAUUCAGUCCCCUUAGCUCCUGA